CUUUGAAUGAACCAUGGGCAGAUUUAGCUGGAUGGCCCUGAAGCACUUCUGUGUUGUCCUCUUGUUUGACAACAUCAGAACAUUUGCAGUCCUCCCAGCUUUGCAACAGAUCUAAAAGCCUUUUAUAUUACAGUUACCUCAUUAAAACAUGGGUGCUGAUAAGUGUAUCAAUACAAUCUUACAUGGGUUGUGUCUGGUUGAAAGGGACUGGGCUUGAUGACACAGAUUAUUCCCAUCUUGUUCUUUCUUUAGGUACAACUCUAAGCUUCUUAGACCUGUAACGACAGGCAGAAAGCACGAGGCAGUGUGGAGGAAAAGGUGACAGAUCAGAAGAGGAAAAUAAAAAACCUUUCCAGGGAGAGAGAGUGUUCAGCAAAACCAUAUAGGAAUGGCACAGGAAAGAGUAAGUCACUGGCUCUGGGUGAGGAUUCAGAAUGGGAGACAAGCCUAUCUGGGAGCAGAUUGGAUCCAGCUUCAUACAACAUUACUACCAGCUUUUUGAUGCAGACAGGACUCAGUUAGGAGCAAUAUAUAUUGAUGCAUCAUGCCUUACGUGGGAAGGACAACAGUUCCAGGGCAAAGCAGCCAUUGUUGAAAAACUCACUAGCCUCCCUUUCCAAAAAAUACAACACAGCAUCACAGCACAAGACCACCAGCCUACACCUGACAGCUGUAUACUCAGUAUGGUAGUGGGACAGCUUAAGGCUGAUGAAGAUCCUAUCAUGGGGUUCCACCAGAUAUUUCUAUUAAAGAACAUCAACGAUGCCUGGGUUUGCACCAAUGACAUGUUCAGGCUAGCAUUGCACAACUUCGGCUGAGCUGCCCAGCCCGAGGCUCCCGUGCUUUUUUUUUUUUGUUUUUGUUUUCCUCCUCUCCUCCUAACUGGUAUUAUUCACACUCACGGAACAUUCCAAAUAUCAUACACAAACCUGCAGCACUGCAGAGCGUGAGCAAGCAAGACUUGUGACCUGCCCUUCUGCUGAGUUUACAUUGUCACUAGAUGAGUUUCUUGUGCAUGAUGUUUGGAAGUUAGACUUAGCUGCAUUUGAUAAAAGAGAAAUUUUGUGUUGUACCAGCAUGCCUCGGAAAGAACUUAUAAUGCAAAAAGGUUGUUGUUUAUGUACUGACAAGACGCUCUUAUAUAACCCAAAGAAAUGAAAGAACAGCAGCCUGUACAGCCCAGUUAUUGAUUUGUUCAGAUGUUUCGAUGCUACGUUACACAAUAAAACAGAGAUUUUCUUAAAAGUUUAAA